GAGGAACUUAGUCUGGGGUGGGGAGGUGAAAGUCCUUGCCUGUCAAAACCUUAGAAAGGGCCUCAUACUUCAGCUUGGGGCUGCCCUGGUGUCACAUUGGAGGCAUAAAACCCAAUGGCUCCUCUGGGUGGGAUUGAGGUGAGAGGGAUGCAGAUGUAUCCAGAUAUGAAUGAAAAAAAGGGAACAAACACAUGGAAAAUGCAUCAAAAAUCUCACCAGGAAACAUUGAGAAGGCCAGACUGAGCCCCCUGAGGGCAUGGCUUGUCAGACACCUGAGUGACAGGGCCCAGUGAGUGCUGCAGGGGUCGUGUAACUCAGGUGUGUGCCCUCACCUGGCAGGACCUGCAGCUCAGGGACUUGGUAAUCUAGAAACUAUUUAUUGAUGUUUUAUGAGCCCUUGGUAGGUUUUCCUUCCAUGAAUUCAUCAGGCUUUUAAAAACCAGGUGAAGAUUUGCAGUUGUGAACAAUAAAGUGUAGUGCUGCCUGUGAGCAUCUCCUGCCCUUCAGGAUUUUGUAGAUCUCCACACAUUCCCCUUAGACAUCUGAAGAGCUCUAGUCUUUUAAAUUCUUUGUAGCAAAGCCAUCUUUAGUUCUCAUCACCCCUCCCUGGAUCUGUUUGGGUUUUUUGGGGACAGAGCUUGGGUUUGGUUUGGUCAGUUGGGUUUUUCUCGUUGGUUUUUCUCAUUGGUUUUUUUGUGGGGUUUUUUUGGGGGUUGUUUUUUUGGGUUUUGUUUUUUGUUUGGUUUUUUUUAGUGCUGAGACUGGAAUUUUUGAUUUACUAAAACAUGGAACUUUUCUUUUCCCUGAACUCCUUUUCUGUGUCUGGACAGACCUUACCCUGACCUGGCCCUGCCCACCCUUAGAUCACUGUUCGAUUUCUUCUGCAUGAGAGGGUUUCCUUAUCAGUACCCUAAGAUACCUUUACUGUUUCAAAGGAUCUUCUGAAAAGGUUUUUUUUUUUUUUUAAUAUUUUAAUAAAAUGCUCUUGUGAUUUUUUGAAAAUUAUUUUUCAUUUUGGAAAAAGUAAACCAACCACCAAAAGCCCCUCCCAUUUCACAUACUGUUUUGGGAAGAGACUUGUGGGCUUUUUGUCUCCCAUGGCAAGGGAGAGAAAGCGACUUGUAAUUGCAAGCUGUAGAAAUAAGCACUUACCUUCACCCCUGUACCUGAGCUUCUGUCAGCAGCUGAAGGCAGAGAGCUGAUGGAAACUCCCAACAGCCUUCUUGGAGUCCUUCUGUGACCUCUCCAGAGGGCUGUGGCUCCUGAGUUAGUCACAGGGAGGGCUGGACGUGGGCUGUGGGUUAAGGGGUGCCUCGGGGCUGGCUGGAUCCCUGUUCCCUGCAGCCACACUGAGUGCUUCCUUAAUUCCCUGUGCUCACAGCAGGCUGAAGCCACAGCACCAGUGUCCUGUAGUUAGCAAGGGCAGGCCCAAAAGCUUUGCCCUUACACAGCAGCACCCCAGAUAUGCCUUACCACCUGCUCUUCCCUUUCUGCUGCUCCGGAUUCCUGGUCUAGUGUUAACAGCUUGGAUUGCAUAACUCUUCCCACUUUUCCCCAAAACUAGCUGCUGAUGGGGAUGACCUUGAAGACAGCAUGAGUGCUGGUUUAAUCCUGAACUCCGGCUAAUGGUGUCCUACCAAGCACUUGGUACCUUAUUACAUUACUUAAAGCUAAUCUGGCAGGUGGGUUGGUGCAGGUGCUGUGCUGGCACUCAGUGCUCAGCUCCCACAGCAGCAUUCCCUCUCCUGACUACUGGGAUACUGGCACUGUAGGCGUCUGGUUCUUACCCUGUGGAGGGGCCCAUGACUUAUUUGAGGUGGGCAUUGGCAGCCACCCCUCAUCCCCUCAUGCUGUUGCAUGGAGUUGACAGCCCAUGACUUGUGCCCUUUUGUCCCUCUCCUCAAAGGUUUCUUGCUGCAUAUUUAGCUCCGUGCUCACCUCUGGGCACGUUUCUGAACAAAUACCAAAUGCAGUAUUACAGAUCUAUAAAUUAUUCUAUCAUCCUGUCCAGAUUAAAAGAUGACACCCAUCAUCUUAGUCCUGAUUUAUGGGGUAUAAAACAGUAACUUCUCUUUGCACAGGUUUAGGGGUUUGUUUCCACCUCAGGCUCAGCAGCCUUUCGGUUCACCCACAAACGUCCCUAGGCUUUGAGGAAAUUAACUAUUUAUGUAGGGAGACCUGAAACAAAGAUGCCCUUUGUGCAACAGAAGUAGAGGAGGCAGAACAAGAAGUGCCUUUGGCCACAGCUCAUCAGUCUCAGCAUCAGCUUAUGGAGAGAAAUACGUGUCUGAGGGCAGCUCAUCUCCCCCAAUGUAGGCAUCUGCCGGGCAGAAAGAGAGUAAAUUUUAACUUUUAGAAUAAGAUAAAUGAUGCAAGUCUCUCCCUUCCCCAUCUCACCUGAAAAAAAAAAAAAGAUUGAGAUAACCAGUUCCUAGUUUGAUUUUCACUGAAAAUAAAUAUUCAGACCUGGAAGGAUAUAAAGUAGAGUAUCCUGAUGGCCCCUCUGCUGCUGUUGCCCCUGGCUGUCAGACAGAGCUUCCCUGGCUCCUGCUGACUUACUUCUCGUGUCCUGGAAUUCCCUUUCCAGGGGAGUCACCUCCUCCUGCCAAUUUUUCCAUCGGUUUUCUCCAGCUGGAGGCAGAUCAGGGCAGUCUGUGCAGUGGAUGUGCUACCAGGGACAGGGCUGUGCAUGCAGAUUUCUGCCAGCCCUUGCCUUCCCUCCCCUCCAUCUGUGGAGUGAUGUCCCAUGCUGGAGUGAGGAAAAGCCCACCCUUAAUCUAUAGAAGGGAUGGGUGUGGUGCCUUCUAAGGAGAGAGCAAUUUUAUUUGUGGCACCAAAAAGAAAUAGAGGAAAAAGCUAUGCCAGGGUUGGGAAGGGUGUACACAUCUGUGGAAGACUGAGUCAGGUGUGCUGGCAGCUGAGUGGGUGAGUGGGACCAGUUUUUCUCUUAGAAUCAUGGAAUGGUUUGGGUUAGAAGGGACCUGGCCAGGUGGGAAUUAGCUGCCCCCUGGCCCCCACUUUCCCAAACUUGCAGAAAGCUGGACCAGCCACCGGCAAAAUGAUUCAUUUCAGGAUGCUGACUGGCUCCAGACCACAAGAGAGAUUUCAGCAUCCUGAUGCCUGUCCCGUGCUCCCACUGCAGAUUCCUUGGGCAAGUGGGAUGAGAUGUUCCCUGUGAACCCUGUGCUGCCCGCUGGGCUCCUGGUGCAUGUAGGUGUGUCUCCAUAAGGAAUAUCAUCUCCUUUGGAGGCUGCAGGAUGGCCCCUUGAGUGCCAGUCCUAUCUUUGCCAAACACUGUAUAAUCUCCAAGCCUCUAAAUCCCUUUUGGGACCUUCAGGAGAAGGCUGCAAGCUGUUUGCCUGCAGUGUGGAUCCAGGGAUGUCUGGAGGGGUGGGAGGAGCAGCACAGGAACAGUGGGCAUUGCUAGUGAGAGGGAAAAGGGGUGAAUCACUGCCAGCUGCCCUUAAGAACAUGCUGCCUACAUUAUAUUCAGCUCCUCUUCCUCAGAACUGAGAAACACUUGUAAGGGUGGUUCCGAGAUGAUGAAGGAGAUUUCUCUCUCUACCUACAUGAACAAACACACUGAGAACACUCAGAGGAGCCCAGUUCUGUGAAAUAACCUUCUCUUCCUCUGUGAUUUGUGACAGUGGAGAAGAGAGCCCAGCUGGGGAGGCAUUUAGGAAUUCCCUCUGGCUAAGCCGGCUAAAGAGUCUGGAGCACUCUGCAGUCCUGUGCUAGGCUGCCCAGCACCACUCCUGCCUUUGCCUGGGUCACUGGAGGGAAAGGAGGGCAGGUAUUUUGGGAACUCUUGAAGGAAGUGAAAGCAGAGUCUGAAUCAAGUUCCUCUUGAAAGUCUGUGAAGCCACUGAACUUCAGAGCAAGGUUUCUGCUCUGCACCAGGUUCAGUGCUUGGGCAGAAAUUUCUAAGUCAUGUGUGAGUCUUUUUCUGAUACUAAAAGUGCAGAAAUAUUUCAGUGAAAGCAGAAGUUCUAUUUGUGGACGUUCAGGUCAUCUUAGGUUGGAAAUUCAGAGUACUGAUCUGACGAGCAGCCCUUUAACUCUGCACAGCUGCAGCUUAGGGGGGGUUCAAUGCGAACAAUCCCUGUGCUAGGCCCUGAACUGAGCUUUGGCCCUAAAAAUCUUACAGUUGGUUGGAGCAAACCUCUUACCUACCUUGUCAGUGGUUUUGUGUUUUACAGACUCUGGUCUUGUGCUGUGUGUACUUAGCAGCAGUGUGUGCUCACACUCUGCCCAAGAGACUCCUGGACUUAGCUGUUCCCUGAAUGUGCUGUGUUGCUUUUUCCCUGAUACAUGUCAAAAACCCAAUAAAUAUUGGCUUUACAGUGUUUCUUGCCACACUUUCUCUCUGGUAUAAAAGGUUCCUUCAGCUUUAGCUGCUCUGUCAUCUCUCAGCAUUCCUUCCAGUGACCCAGGCAAAGGUCACCUGCAGGGAGCAGGGCACCUCUCCUGCCACUCACUUUUGGCCACGACAAAUCUGUAACCUCAUCCAUAACCCUCUGUCUUUACGUGUAGUCCUCUGUUUGUGUCCAUAACCUCUGUUCUUGUGUUCUGGUUUGUGGGUGCCAACUGGUUCAGGUGCCCCAAGGAUGAGCAAUCUAACAUCCACCCACUGUGCUCCGUGUAAAUGGUGGAGUGGAGCAACACAAGGGUGAAAUGGGAUUUCAUGGCUUAUCUGCAGGUGUGGCUAUGUGUUCUUCUAAGUCUUUAAUCCUAAGUAGUGAAACUGGUGUAAUCAUGUGAGUCUGUGGGAUUGUUUUGUCAGCAAGGGAGCUCAUGGAACUGAAUUUUGCCCUGUAAGUGACAGUGGGCAGCAUGUCUGGGUGUCACAAAGCUGUCCCUUUAGCUAAGGCAGCUCUGAAUAAUCUAACCUUGAACAAUUUUGCAGAGAAAUGCUGAAGUCUUUUAUCUGACUCAAGAAAAGCUCUUUGAGAUCCCAUUGGUAUUGCUGGGGAGAGCUGUCUGCGGUGUCUUUGGGGCAAACACAUCUAAGAGGAGCUCAAUGGCUACAGACUGUGCUCUGUUUGGAUUUGGGUUUUGGGAGCAAAAAGCUGAUGUGAUUUGAGCCAGAUAGUGGGGCCUUUGAGGACUGAUGAGGGGUCAGGUUUUAAUUUUGCAUUUUAACAGAGAUUCUCCCUCUGGCUCAGUGGUGGGGACAGAGCAGCAGGUGAUGGUAGAAAUGAAGAUGGGUUUGCCCCGCAAGCUGUUCCUGUGGUUCCUGAGAUAGACUGUGACCUGGGAGCUGUUUGCUCCUGGGCUUGAUGAACAGCAGGUAGUAAAGGUGAGCUCGUAGGGGGCUGGUGUGGGGAGGUGGGUGCUCAACCACAGCAUUUCCUGCGCCCAUGGCCUUACCCUGUGUCUGUGAGGAUUUCCAACGGGAGCUGGGGAAACUUCACAUGGGAGCUAAGUGUCCAGAUGGUCAGCAAGAGGAGCCUUGUCCACUCCAGAGCACAGGCUCCAGCACACAGGUGCUGGUGGGAGCCAGGGACAUCUGACUAGUCCCUGUGCACAUGAAGCUCCUGGAAUGGAGCACUUAUAGUCUUGGGAGUGUUGAGUGGUGAGAUGUAGCAGGGCAGCCCUGUUAUCCUCAUCUCCCAGUCCAGGCAUGGAGGACUGCUGGAGGACAGCAGACUCCGGGGUGCAGUGGCACAUGCUGGCUGAGCUUCUAGGAGCAGGGCCGGGGCUGAGGGCUCGGCAUUGGAGUGGAGGGCUGGGGCCAGAGGGGUCAGUGCUGGUGCAGAGGCCUUGGGGCAAAGGGCUUGAUGCUGGGGUGGAGGGGUCGGCACAGGGUUAAAAGGCUCAGGGCAGAGGCCUUGAUGCCACGGUGGAGGGCUCGGGGCAGAGGGCGCGGUGCCGGAGAACGAAGCAGCUUUCCCGCUAUUGUUCGCGGCGCUCUCGGUGCCGCCAUCAGUGCGGCACGAGGCAGGUGCCGGCGGGAGCAGCGCCAUGGGCCGGCAGUACCGCUCCCGGCCGAGGAACGGGCAGUGCCUGCGAUCCCGCCGCCCGCUCCAUUUUCUGUCUCGCCCGUCACGGAGACGCUCAGAUGGCAGAGCCGCGCUCGGCGGCCCUGGGAGGGAGGUGGAGUCUGCCCGUCCUCCGCCCGCCCUCCCUCCAUUGUCGGCGGCGGCACCGGCACCUGCUCGGGCCGCCGGCGGCCGGGAUGCUCGUGCCCUUCUCGGCGGAGCGGGGACACUGCCGCAGUGCCGGGGCCGCAGCUCGCAGCCGGAGGGAGGAGAUGCUGCUUGUGCCUGCUCGGCCCUGCUGCCGCCUCGGGAAAUGAACAUGAGUCUGCCAGGCCGCGUCUCCUGCUCCAUGCUCAACUGCUUUGGUGAGGAAGGCCCUCCCAGUUUGGAGUACAUCCAGGCCAAGGACUUGUUCCCCCCGAAGGAGCUCAUAAAGGAGGAGGAGUCUCUGCAGGUGCCAUUCACUGUGUUGCAGGGUGAGGGGGUGGAGUACCUGGGCCAUGCCAACGACGCUGUGAUUGCCAUCUCCAACUACCGCCUGCAUAUCAAAUUCAAGGACUCUGUGAUCAAUGUGCCUUUGAGGAUGAUGGAAAGUGUGGAGUGUCGGGAUAUGUUCCAGCUUCACAUCGUCUGCAAAGACUCUAAAGUGAUCAGGUGCCAUUUCUCCACCUUCAAGCAGUGCCAGGAGUGGCUGAAGAGGCUGACUCGAGCCAUUGCCCGCCCUGCCAAGCCUGAGGACCUCUUUGCAUUCGCCUACCAUGCCUGGUGCUUGGGGGUGUGUGUGGAUGAGGAGGAUCAGCAUGCACAUCUCUGCCGUCCAGGGGACCAUGUGAGGUUCCGGUUUGAGAUGGAGCUGGUGAGAAUGGGCUUCGACCUGCAGAAUGCCUGGCGUGUCUCUGACAUCAACAAUAACUACAAACUUUGUUCCAGUUAUCCCCAGAAGCUGCUGGUCCCUGUCUGGAUCACUGACAAGGAGCUGGAGAAUGUGGCUUCAUUCAGGUCAUGGAAGAGGAUCCCUGUGGUGGUAUACAGACAUACGCGCAACGGGGCGGUGAUCGCGCGCUGCAGCCAGCCCGAGAUCAGCUGGUGGGGCUGGCGGAACGCCGACGACGAGUACCUGGUGACAUCCAUCGCCAAAGCCUGUGCCUUGAACCCCGGAGCGAGGGCGUCGGCCGCCGCGCCGCAUGCCGGGAGCAGCGACGGCAGCGAGCCCUGCGAUGCCGACUUCGACUCGUCCUUGACAGCGUGCUCGGGCGUGGAGAACGCAGGAACCCCUCAGAAGCUGCUGAUCCUCGAUGCCAGGUCCUACACAGCAGCCGUGGCCAACAGGGCCAAGGGAGGUGGCUGCGAAUGCGAAGAGUAUUACCCCAACUGUGAAGUCGUGUUCAUGGGCAUGGCCAACAUCCACUCCAUCCGGAACAGCUUCCAGUAUCUGCGUGCUGUCUGCAGUCAAGUGCCAGACCCUAGCAACUGGCUUUCGGCCCUGGAGAACACCAAGUGGCUGCAGCAUCUGUCAGUCAUGCUGAAGGCAGCAGUGCUGGUCUCCAGUGCCGUGGACAGAGAAGGGCGUCCGGUGCUGGUUCACUGCUCCGACGGCUGGGACAGGACUCCGCAGAUUGUGGCGCUGGCAAAGAUUCUCCUGGACCCUUACUACAGGACCAUGGAGGGCUUCCAGGUGCUGGUUGAAUCCGACUGGCUGGACUUUGGUCACAAGUUUGGGGAUCGCUGUGGACACCAGGAGAAGGUGGAGGAUCAGAACGAGCAGUGCCCAGUUUUUCUCCAGUGGCUGGAUGCUGUUCAUCAGCUUCUGAAGCAAUUUCCCUGCCUCUUUGAAUUUAAUGAAGCUUUUCUGGUGAAGCUGGUGCAGCACACGUAUUCCUGCCUCUAUGGGACCUUCCUGGGGAACAGCCCCUGUGAGCGCGAGAUGCACAACAUCUACAAGCGCACGUGCUCCGUGUGGUCCCUGCUGCGGGCUGGCAACAAGAACUUCCACAACCUGCUCUAUAUGCCCGGAUCCGAGCAGGUGCUGCAUCCCGUGUGUCACGUGCGCGCCCUGCACCUCUGGACAGCUGUGUACCUCCCGGCCUCCUCGCCACAUCCUCUGGGACAGGAGGACAUGGACAUCUACAUGCCCCCUGGAUCUCAGAGCCAGGACUUCAGUGGCAGGUGUUUGGACAGAUUACCAAAGACAAGAUCUAUGGAUGACCUGCUCUCAGCCUGUGACUCCAGCAGCCCUCUGACCCGCACAUCCAGUGACCCCAACCUGAACAACCACUGUCAGGAGGUGCGGGUGGGCUUGGAAGCCCGGCAUGCCAACACUGAAGGGGUUGAAGGUGCUGCAGUGGCCACAGGAGAGGCACAGCCCAGGGAGGAGGAGGAGGAGAACCCUCCCCUGCAAGGCAGCAGCCAUGCUGAGCACAAAGGGCCGAGCAGGCAGCUGGGCAGCCAGUCUGCUGUGCCAGCCAGCAGUGUCCCUGUGGAGGUGGAAGAGGGCAAUGGAAUGCUCACGGAGGAACUGGAUGACAGAGGUCCAGAUCCAAAUCCUUCUGAACAGGAAAACAGUGACAAGGUUUCCACCAGUUCUGGAAGGCAUUUAGAAACCUGUCCUCAGGAACCUUUGAAGGCUGCUGGCACUGUGUCCGACGGAGGAGGCUGUCCUAAAAGAAUCACCGCCUGCCCAGACAUUUCCAGCCACGAGUCCCUGGCACCAGGCACCCCUUCUCAGGACAUCCCAGGCCCUGCCCUGGGUAUCCCAUGCCCAGAUGCAGACAAGGGCAGAGGUGAUGCUGGCCGGAGCAUGCCUUUUGAGGAGCCUGCGCAGCCAGGGAGGCUCCUGCUGGAGCAAUGGCACAAGCCCAUUUCCCAGAGCCAAAGCAGCGAGUUCUCCUUCCUGGGGUGCAACUGGGACAGUUUUCAAGGCAUGGUGACAUCGCUUCCCAAUGGGGAGCCCACACCCAGACACCUCCUCUCCUAUGGCUGCUGCAGCAAGAGGCUGAGCAGCAAACCCCUGCGGGCCCCAGGCCUGUGUCUCAGUGGCCCAUGGUCUGGCAGGGAAGGUGGGAAGCCCUCGGCCUGUGCUGGCCAUGUGAGCACACAUUUUGGGAAGCCCAGCCGUUUGUGGCUGCCCUGUCACCUGAAACAAGCCUCUGGUGCCAAGCACCUGCCACCAAAAUGUCCUUCUCCUGUGCCUCCUGUCUACCUGGACGAUGACGGGCUGCCCUUCCCCACGGAUGUGAUCCAGCACCGGCUGCGGCAGAUUGAGGCCAGCUACAAGCAGGAGGUGGAGCAGCUGCGCCGGCAGGUGCGGGAGCUGCAGCUGCGCCUGGACAUUCGCCACUUCUGUGCCCCUCCGGCCGAGCCCCCCAUGGACUACGAGGAUGACUUUACGUGUCUUAAGGAAUCAGACGGCAGUGACACGGAGGAUUUCUGUUCAGACCACAGUGAGGACUGUUUGUCAGAAGCAAGCUGGGAACCUGUGGAUAAGAAGGAGACUGAGGUCACGCGGUGGGUCCCAGACCACAUGGCCUCACACUGCUUCAACUGUGACUGUGAGUUCUGGCUGGCCAAACGGAGGCACCAUUGCAGGAACUGUGGGAAUGUGUUCUGUGCUACCUGCUGCCAUCUGAAGCUGCCCAUACCUGAUCAGCAGUUGUACGACCCUGUCCUCGUUUGUAAUUCCUGUUUUGACCAUAUCCAAGUGUCUCGUGCCAGGGAGCUCAUGAGCCAACAUAUGAAGAAACCCAUUGCCACAGCUUCCAGCUGAAUGCCAGACAAGGGACCUGUCUAACCCCAGCCUUUUCUCUCGUGGGUUUGAAGGGUGACUCUGCCUCCAGGGUAACUGUGAAGGCCUUUGGUGCAACACUUGAACACCAAGCUGGAAUGCACUGUCUGCAGCAGCCUCGCUGCUGGGCUGGAGCAGAGGAGCUCAGAUCAGAGUUUGCUGUGUCCCCACCCCGGAGCUGGUGGGCCCGUGUGUUGUAGCCCUGAUGGCCUAGGGCUGAGAGAAGAUCACAACCUCUUCCUUUUGUGGGCUGGAAAGCAACGUUUCCACAGCUGUUUGCCUGUGCGAAGUCCCCCCAAAGCAAUAGAAAGGCAUGUUUAGAACCACCUCCCCCUCCAAAGGCAGGCUGCUGUGUGAGAAGGAAGAGGGCAAGCUCCCGAUGGUCCCAUGAGCGUUGGAAGGGCCUCAGCCUGGAGCAGAUCUGUAGAUUUUCUUCCCAUGAGUGUGAUUUGUGAUCAGCUUGGUGAACAAGACUCACUAGCCAUCACUAAUUGAUUUUCUCUCGGGCUCUGAAGAGAAAUUCAUUCCAGCUGAAAAGGGCUGAGCAGAUCGUGCCCAUUUUCAGGCUCCGCUGAGAUUGGUGUCACACUGGACUUUGUCCCUGCCCCCAACAACAUGGGGAGAUGGGAGAUUGGCUUUUCACUUCUGCUCUGCCCCUCCGCUUUGUCUGCGGUUGUGUCACAGCCUGGUGCUAACACAGGAAUGGCACCUUGAUCCUCUCCUGGCAUGGAAACAGAACUUGUGUUCCUGUGUUGCUCCUCCUCCCCUUUUCUGCCCUCAGCUCUCCACUUCCUACUGCUCUUUAUCCUGAAAACUUGAUACCUUGAGGGUAUAGGCCAUAAUGUGUUGUUUUACCUCCUGGAAUGUGCUGUCUGGUGUAUGUGAGGGUUUCAGUCCAAAUGCUGCUAUAUAUUUCUGUGCACUUAAUGUAACCCGAAGAAGGGAGAAUGAAGCAUCGAUACCAAAACGGGGGUGGGGAAGGACACAGGCUGACAUAGACACUACGGUCUGUGCUUUUCACUUUAGGAUGUACAGCUGCAGUGAUAACCAUGACAUGUGGCAUUUGUUCAGUGGUGGAAACAAUCUCUCUGACUUGCCCCAGUGCUACCUGAAAUGCCUCUUGAAUUUGACUUCUUUUUUUGUUUCCUGUACAGCGGUCAAAGUUCAGAGUUGCCAACUUGUAAAUGCCUCUCUGCUUCUUCUUUAAACUAGGGAGCAGGAAUCCCAACUCCUAAGGACAAAGAACUGGGUUUAGAAAGGAAGAAUGGUUUAUAAAGUGGGCUUCAGUGGGCUUGUAAUCCCUAGAUCCCUUGGGGAGCAUCCAUCCUGCCUCCUCUGUAAGGCAUCUGUGGAUACUAGUCAGGAAGAAGAGUUUGAAAGUGGGGCGUUUCUUUGCAGAAAUGUAGGUUUUCUUUCCAAUAUGUUCUGCACUUCAGGAGCUGAGACUCGGUUUAUGGCAGGGAGAACCUUGGUCUGCUAACAAGGCAAAGGACUUGACACUUUGAUGAUCACAACAUCUCCCAGAUCUUUUGGUAAUGUUUGUCAUCUCCAUCAGAAGGAGUGAAAUAAGGACCCUUUCCUGCACUUUGAUUUGUCAGCCUCUGGUUUUGUAAAUCCUGAUGUGUAAGUGAAGCUCCUCUUCUGAAGACCCUGUACUUAUUUAGACUUUGCUUCUUUUCCAUACUGGGAACGACCAACUUGGCUCUGGGAAGAGAAGGCACCUUGCUUCAGAUUCUCCCCUGCCUUGUACCUUGCAGUCAUUGCUGGACAUGGAAGCGUGAUCGUUGGCCUGGCAGAAGGAACUUGGAUUUGCUCAUGUUUUGCACGUGUUGGAAUGACUGCAAGUGAUGAGGAAGCCAGAAACCAGGUACUGCUGGCCCUCCCAUUCAGGCCAUUAGUCCAAACUGCUUUUAGCUCUUGUGAGUUUCAGUGUCACAAUGUGCUGGCCAAAAACUCCAGUCAGUUUGAUGGCAUUGUGACAAACAAAAUGUGCUGUACAACUCGAUACAGUCGAAAUAAAAUCUCUAUAUUAGUG